GGGGCGGUGCUAGCGGGAAGGCGGAAGCGCGUGGGUCAAGAUGGUGGCCGGCGGUCAGCGCUGCGCUCUGCUCUGCUUGGCGCUGGCGGCCGGUUCGGCCGCGCUGGGCAAACGGAGCCCCGUGAAGGUGCUGUCGGACGGCAUGUGGCAGGAGCUGCUGCAGGGCGAGUGGAUGGUGGAGUUCUACGCCCCGUGGUGUCCCGCCUGCCAGAGCCUGCAGCCCGAGUGGGAGAAGUUUGCCGAGUGGGGCGAGGACCUGGAAGUGAACGUUGCCAAAGUGGAUGUCACGGAGCAGCCGGGAUUAAGUGGACGAUUUAUUAUAACAGCUCUUCCUACCAUCUAUCAUUGUAAAGAUGGAGAGUUCAGGAGAUACCAAGGGGGAAGAACCAAAACUGAUUUUAUAAAUUUCAUCAGUGACCAGGAAUGGAAAUCUAUUGAACCAGUUUCAUCAUGGUUUGGUCCUUCCUCUUUUCUGAUGAGCAGUAUGUCAGCUUUGUUUCAGUUGUCAAUGUGGAUCAGGCACUGCCAUGGUUAUUUAACAGAAAGUGUCGGACUGCCAGUCUGGGGCUCCUAUGCUGUUUUUGUAUUGGCAACUCUAUUCUCGGGACUGACACUGGGACUUGUAAUGGUAUUCUUGGCAGACUGUAUCUGUCCAUCCAAAAGGCACAGACCACCACCAUAUCCUUAUUCAAGAAAGCUAGCUCCGGAGUCGGCUCAGCUGCUGAAAAAGCUGGAUGAAGAGCAAGAAGCAGACAAGGAAGAUAUUUCAGAUGAUGAAACGGAGGGUAAAGAGGUGCCCAGCAGAAACUCAUCACCAAGUGCUGUAAGGCAGCGCCCGGUGAACCCUGCUCCUACGAUGGAUAAUUCUUAACUUUAUUUCCAUGCAGGAUUAGUGUUUGAGUCAUCAACUCGAAAGGAACUAAAUGUCAAAUCCUUCAGUUGAAGAGAGGGUUUACUCCUGUCAUGCUAAUAUUGAUGCAUUUAAUGAAUUCAGAAAAAAAAAAUAAGAAGAAAAUAUCUUUGGCUUCAGGUAUUCAAAACUAAAACAUGCUGUUGCAAGUGGCUGAAACUUCUCCUGUGUGCGAAGAAGUGCAAAGAAAUUAUAAGGCUUCGUGAAAGAUUUGUUCCACAGGGAUAUUUUUUAACAGAAUGUAAACCAGUGUACUUGUUGCAUUACGGAACAUUAGCAAGGAAAAUGCACUAACCUUUUUGCUGUUACAGUGUUCAAAAAGGUUUCUCGGUAUAAAUCUAUCUAGUUGUGCUCUGAGGAAAUGCUGAAGGGAAAGUUUCCUUCAGUUAUGGGACCCGUUCCAGGUUUUUUAUGUGACGAAACCUGCUUUCUGCUAUGACAAUGAGUGCUACAACCCCCCAAUAAUCUUUCUUCUUCCAAAGAAAUGAAAGUUGCUCUCUUCACUUAGAGGAAGAGAAUUUCCUCCUGAACAAAAGUCUUUGCUGUCCUCCCAAAUGGAAGUUACCACAAGCUCUCUGUGUAGUCUGAAUUCUCUGGCGGACCCGAAACCUGCUAUUUCUAUCCAUUUCUUUUAGGAAAGGCUGUAGAAAAAUAAAUGAGCUUCAUGGUGAAGUAAUUCUCUAGAAAAAGUUGCAAGUAGCUCCAUAAAGUCUUGUUUGUCUCAGUGACUCCGAAUCACAUGGGAAUAGUUUACACGCAGGGUUCUCUGCCGAGUGCAAAUCCUCAUCCAUUCCUCCUGCUGUGUGGCAGUAGGACUCUGCCUAUUUUUAAUACAUCGUCAGUGAUGUCUGCUUAAUUGAAUUUUACUGCAAAUCUCGUCAGGUUGUACCUGCUCUGAAGCUGAAAUAACUGCUGCUUAAUUUCUUUUACAGAAGGUCAUCUUUUCUGUUUUCACAAAACCCAUCUUGAAACAACAUAUCCUAAUUCUUUAAAAAACCCUGUAGUCUACUGUUUUCUGUAUGGUAUUUGUUUUCACUCUAUAUAGAAAUAAAAAGUGUGCACCUGCGCAUUCAGCCAGUGUUAUCUCGCAUUGCUUGUAAAGAAUUUUCCAUGUUUUUUCAGUUAAUUUUUGAACUAUUUGCAGAGGAAGGGUUAGCCUAAUGCUCAGUGCGCUUAGUUUUUUUGUCGAGCUUGUGCUUGCUGGGUAUUUUGCUGGUUUUGUUGUUGUUUUAGUUGGUUUGUUUGCCAUUUUUUGUUUGGUUUUUUUUUGUUUUUAAUUUAUCUGAGUGAGUUUGCAUGACUGGCAGUUGAUACGUCUUUGUCAACAGUAAACUUGGUCGUGACUAAUUAAGACCACAAACAUAGAAGUGGUCUCAGUGAUGUUCUCACUGCAGCCUGGCUUUUUAAAUCUGGGCUCUCCUUGAGAAGACAGAGCAUCAAACGAGGAGCUCGUAGUGAAAUCCAUGGGAUUUGAAAGAAAUACUGGGAAAAACUGAGCUCUUGCAGGUGAAUCGGCUUGUAAAGCUGUCAAGAAUACGCUGUGCUUUUUGUCAGUCUUCAAUGCUUCUUUGUAAGUUGCGUUUUAAGUAUAUCUUGGCAGAUCAUAAUUCAUCCUCCAUGUAAUGAAUGGAAACAAGUGAUUCAGCUCUCCAAAUAUCUGAGUGAAUCUUCCAACAAGUUCUUAGAUGAGUAAGAAUGAGUUGUUAUGCAAGAUGGAACUUCCUCCUUUGACUCUUUUCUUGUUUGUGAACACUGGUGCUCUAGAAUGACUUAUGACUUCAGUGCUGGGUUAAUAAUGCUUGAAAGGGUCCUUUUGCUUAAAAUCGGAGUGUUUUUGUCAUUUUUUUUUAAUACCGAGCUUUUCCUGGUGUUUGAAUGAAGACAACUGUGUGCUAUAAAUGCCCUUAAGGUCUUGGUCUUGUGGGGUUGCCUUAAAUUCUCUAAAACUUUAAAUCAUAGCCUUGUCACUGGUAAAAUAAAGCAAUAAAUCUGUGAUGUACGAAGGAGAACUAGUAGCACCAUCUUUGAUAAGUGGUGCAUUUUUUAGUUUGGAGAGGGCUUGAGGAAACGGGUCACAGAAAUGCUGAAUGCCAUUGUGAGGGACGAGUGAUGAAUUGUUUUAAGAACUGAACUAUAUGGGCUAACUCCACUUGGAAUAUAUUUAAAUGUAGCUGUUAUAAAUGCAAGGUUUUCUAAUUUUAUAGUUACUUUAAAACUGUGCGAUACAGAAAGUAUAUAAUGAUAACUUUUAGCAAACUCUUAAUUUUAAAAGAACAAACAACCUUUUGUUUUUUCUUGCUGGCGUUCUAGACUCCUGGUUUAACCAGAAUUCCUAGCGCUAAUUUACCUGGCCUUUGCCUCCUGCUCACCUACCUGUUGUUACCGCCUCCCUGCCCUCGGCAAGUAACCAAAUUCCAAAACCGCCUCUCAGUCCUCGGUGUUCCGAGUUGCUGGAAUCCAGCCUCUGCAUGGCAGACCUGUGCUGUGAGUCAUGUCGUUUCUGCUAGUUCCGUUCUCAUUGUCCACAGACAGCCUGUGUUGGCUGAUCUCUGUAAAUCUUACUGUUCAUAUUGUUAAUAAUCUUAUGGGUUUGUCCUAUAUUUAAGUUUCUUGAUAUUUUUUUUUUAAAAAAUCUCUAUUCCAAAGAUGUUUGUUAAGGCUGAGUGAAGGUUGUAAUGUAACAAAUGUGCGUCAGAGCCUGUCCUUUGUGUGUAUUGAUGAUGCUUGAAUAUCAGUUUUGUGAAGUCAGAAUGCCCUUUCCAUAGCAUCACCUUGACUGAGGAUGUCAAAUUUAACCCAGGAAGAAUCAAUUAACUGUAACAAUGCUUUUUUUUUUUAAUGUUUUACAGAGUCUUCAAGUAAAAAGCACCCUCCAACUUUG